GCUUUCGUCAACCGUUACAUCUCGAUCGCCCAAAAUAAACCUUGUUGUCUUGUCAGUUCCUCACAACGCCUUGACAUCAUGGCAGCAGCAGCCGACGAUGGGAAUGGCACCGCGAUGAUGCUGCAACUGUUGCAAUACAUGCGGGAAACAACUGUGCCGAGCCCAAGCGCGUGGCAAGAACGCACAUUGUUUGUAAAAGAAUGGCUUCUUCUUCAAAACAGCUUGGAAAACAUCCCUGAUGACGGCACCGAAGACCUCAUCCAUCGACAAAUCCGUCGAGGCGAUUUGUAUCCCACAACACGCGAUCGAUGCUGGAACCACAUGUUGGUGGAGCUUCGCGAAGUGCCUGUGGUGAAACUUAUAUUGGACGACUUGCCAGAACCAGCUGAAAACGUCAGUCCAAGUCGAGGCAAACUCCGGCCGGGCAAGGAACUUGUGGUGCUACCAACUAAAGGGGAAGGGGUUGUGCCGUCGCUUCAGCUGCCUGACGGCGACGCAGAUGAUGGCGGAGGGGCUACGAGUAGUCGUGGGGACGGCUCCCAGCGCGGCGGCGUGAACAAACCACCCUCGAUUUCCAAGGAGAAGACCUUUUCAAGCAUGGGGAUGAUGGAGCGACAAGCUGAGUGGCUGCGGAAGAAGCAAGAAAAGGUAGACGCAGAAGAGAAGCGACAACGUGAAGAGAAAGAAAAGGAGCUCACGUUCAAGCCAAACCUACUCAACCGACGGCAAACGAUGUCCGACAAGCCCGAAGACAAGGGGCCAAAGCCCGCGUCGGUGGUAAAACAGAACUCGUUCAACGAGAAGAAGCUGGACGCUGCCGCGAAGAGCGUGUCCUUCAAGGAGUCGCGCCCGCCACCCCAAGGAAGUACGAACACAUCGGACAAUGCAGAAAAGCGUCCCGUGUCGCGAAGCCUUGUGGACAAACCCAAACAACCUAAACCCCCUAAAGCUGUGCUGAAAAAGAAGAAGUCGGUGGGCAAAGGCGUGGACACGAAGCUGGAAGUGACGUCGCACCUGCUGAAUGGCAUCCGGUCGGAAUUGAAGGCUUCAAAAGCCAUGACGUUGGACGGUGGUGACAACGACGUUGACGACGAUGAUGACAACGCCGAGCCGGGCGAAGAGCCCAAGGAAGACGACGACAACGAUGACGCCGCCGACGACGACGACGAAACGCCGCUGCUUCCUGGUGCUGCUGGCGACUACAAGAUCGAUUUCUCCGGCAUGGAAACCAAAGCGCGACUUGUGCUCCAAGAUGCGGCGCUGUUUGAACUGAAUUCCAUGUAUCGCAAGACGGACAAGGCCGCGGGCCGCGAAGGCGUCGCGCUGCAGAUGGGCCGACGCGAAGACAACCACGAAGAACAGGUCGUUGCUGUCAUCUUCGACAAGGACAAGAUCUCCGAGGACGAUGCACAGAAGUGGUGGCUCGACCACAAGGCACGGUUCUUUGAACUUCCUGCCAACAACGCGUGAUUAACAAUCCCACGACAUCAUCUCCUUCGGUGUGUUAAGUCCGACAGUUAGUGUGUCCUCUUAAGUCCUACAGCUGUGCACAC